AUGGCGGUGCUUCUCCGCCGCGCCGCGGCCGCCGCAGCGGCGGUCCUCGUCGUCGCGGCCGUCUGCGCGGACGGCGCCUCCACGUUCUACUCCUCCGACCCCAACCUCGGAUCCGCGCGCGUUGUCUUCCAGACGAAUUAUGGUGAUAUUGAGUUUGACUUCUUUCCUCAUGUUGCACCUAAGACUGUCGAACACAUUUUCAAACUUGUGCGGCUUAGGUGCUACAACACAAAUCACUUCUUCCGGGUUGACAAGGGUUUUGUUGCACAAGUUGCUGAUGUUAUGUCAGGUCGAACUGCCCCUAUGAAUGCAGAGCAGAAAAGAGAAGCAGAGAAAACAAUUGUUGGUGAAUUUAGUAGUGUCAAGCAUUUCAGGGGAAUCCUCUCCAUGGGAAGGCACUCUGAUCCAGACAGCGCUGGCUCUUCCUUUUCUAUCCUUCUGGGCGAUUCACCGCACCUUGAUGGCCAGUAUGCUGUAUUCGGGAGGGUCACUAAAGGUGACGAUACAUUGAGUAAACUAGUGAGGCUUCCAACCCGGAGAGAGGGCAUUUUUGUAAUGAGAGCUGUGAAGCAGAAAAAUCUAUUCUUCGGAGGAGACUUUCUGAAUCAGCAUCAGAAGUUGAGCGAUGGAGAAGAAAAUGCUUUGCUUAAUGCUGGAGUAAGGUGA